AGCGGUAAAGGCAGUUAUGCAACAGGAACAAAUCCUGGAGGACCUAUUCGUACACCUCCACCUCCUGUUGAGACUCCACCAUCUGAAGAUAAUUAUGGUCCUAGUGGUCCAGGUAGGGGUGGCGCUGAUGGAGGUGCACCAACAGGCGGCAAUUACGCUUCCUCUUCCGGUGGGGACACCGCACCUGCCCCUUCAGGAGACAAUUAUAGCUCAGGUGGAAGCUCUAGACCAUCUCCUUCCGACGGCACUUAUGGUUCUUCUUCUGGAGGAGACUCCAGCGGUCCUUCAGGAGGCGGUGGAGCUUCAAAACCUGCUCCUUCCGAUGGCAGUUACUCAUCAUCUGGCGGAGACUCUGUCCCUCCUCCUUCUGGCGGAAAUUAUAGUGGCGGUUCAUCUUCUGGAGGAAAUUCCGGAUCUGAUUCUUCCAGUGGAGGUGGAUCUCCUAAACCUUCUCCUUCCGAUGGCGCUUAUGGUUCCUCAUCUGGAGGAGACUCUGGAUCUGGUACUUCUGGCGGAGGAAGUUCUAAACCUGCUCCUUCUGACGGUGGUUAUGGAUCAUCAUCUGGUUCUUCCGGAGGAGACUCUGGAUCUGGUACUUCUGGCGGGGGUUCUAAACCCACUCCUUCAGGCGGCAGUUACGAUUCACCGUCCGACGGUAGCGGUUCUGGAUUGAACCCUAUUGGUGGUCCCAAGUCUGUGCCUGGGCCUGGACCAGUUAUCGAGGCGCAAUAUCCAUCCAAUUCAAACUACCAACAAGGUGAAGAAAAUCAACCAGCGCCAUCGCCACCUGUUAGCGCUGGUGGCGGUGAUGGACUCGUCUAUAGCAAUGAAGUGCGGCUCCGGGCGCGACGUAUUUAA